AUGCGAGUCCACCUCGCUCUCACCACCCUUCAGUUUCGCGUUUCGUUUUCCCUUUCAACAUAUCUUCCCUGUUCCCAUUCCUGGUACCCCAUUCCACGUUCCGCUUCUGGAGUUCGCCUACCGCAACAUGACGGUCCUCCUGGAGUUCGCCUACCGCUACAUGGCGGACGUGCUGAGCUAGGCCCACAUGUACGCGGAGCAUGCAGCUUCGUUCCGCUUCCCAAGUCGUUUAUUCCUUUCCUUGGCUACACCAUAUCCCGCUCCUUCCCUGAUAACCAGCUCCUAGAGUUCGCCUAUCGAUACAUGACGGACGUGCUGGGCGAGGCUCGUGUGUACGCGGAGCAUGCGGGGCAUGCGGCCCUGGAGGUGGAUGAUGUGCGCCUGGCCGUGCAGGCCAAGGUCUCUACUUCAUUCUCCCAGCCGCCGCCAAGAGAGCUGAGUCAAUUCAAAACACCCUCUGAGGUGGACGAUGUGCGCCUGGCCGUGCAGGCCAACGUCUCCUCCUCCUCCUUCUCACAGCUGGCCCUCAGAGAGAUAGAAAGCAUCUUUCUUGUUGUGCACCUUGCCUCGCCUUUCACCCAUGUGAUAUUUCACCUCUGCCACUAUGUGUUCAUGGAGCUGGCAUAUGCACGCAGUGCCAUGCCAAUGCACCUGAGUGAGUUGCCUUGUACUGCAAGUGUCUUCACCUUGUUCGCUCCUCUCUUCCAUCCAUACUUCUCCCCUCUCAAGUUCUCAAGGAACUGGCCCGUUCACGCCAUGCUAAAGCGUCUUGCCCUUUAUCUGCUCUCGCUCACUUUGUUCCUCGCCUUACCCAUCGCGUUUCGUCCCUCUCAGGUGCUCAUGGAGCUCGCUCGAGCACGCAAUGCCGUGCCCAUCCCGCCCAUAGCCGGUUCUGGGCUCUUUGCACUGCCACCCGAGGCCGAGUGCCUGCUGCAGCCCAACGUGCAGAUCGCCGUUCCUCUGCCCGGCCCUGCGGCUCGUGCUGCUGCUCUUGGAUCGCACAAGAGGCAGCGUGACGGAGACACAGGAGGGAAGGCAGGGGGAAGGGGAGGAGGGGGGAAGGGAGGGGAAGCUGCAGCAAGAGUAAAGAAGGAGCAAGGGGGAGCGGAGCUACAAGAUGGGAAAGCUGGUGUAGGGGGGGCUAAGACCGUCGUCGCAGCACGCAAUCCCAACGCGUUAACGCCGUGUCCGUCGCCGCAGCCCACUCCAGGCUCCACCACCUCCUCCUCCUCCUCCAAUUCCGCGCCUCACUCGUCGCAUCCCUCACGCGUUUCACACACACUUCAGCCGACUGCUCCCCUUCCUGCUAAGGCCCUGACCUUCGAGUUCAACCACGUGUUCGGCUAUGAUUCGUCCAAUUUCGAGGUAUACACCGAGUUUUGCAAGGGAGCGGUGGAGCGGGCUGUGGCGGGGUGCAGAGCGGUGGUUCUGUUGUACGGGCAGACAGGCACAGGCAAGACACAUACCAUCAGCGGAAGCGACGUGGAAGCGGGGGUCUUUCACCAUGCCAUGGCAGAUGUCUUCCGAGCAGCACAGAGUGAUGACGUGUCUCAUCUUCGUGCCAGGUUUCAGAGUGCUGACGUCAAUGCAUCAGAGCGUGAAACCGUGGGAACACUGGAACAGUCCACGUCAGUGGUGCAGCGUCAGCCAGCACCAGACACGUCAGCAGCGGUGGGGAACACCACGUCAACGCUCUCAGGCGAUGGGGGGUCUCCAGCAGCAAAUCAAUCGCCACCGUUGUUGUGUUUCCUAUCGGUGGUGGAGAUUUACAAUGAAAGAGCCGUUGACUUGCUGCAAGGAGUAAAACCCAGCUCUGUGCAAGUGAAGGAGAAUGGGAGCAGUCGCAGUGACAGCUCUAAGAGCACUUCUGGCAGCAGUCUCUUACACGCAGCAGGGAGGAAGCUUAUAACGGAGCAGCAGCUGCACUCAGUAGAAGAGGCAGCCGUGGCGUUUGAGCUGGCAGGGCAGAGGCGCAAGGUGCGGGGCACGAACAGGAACAAGCAGAGCAGCCGCUCCCACAUGCUCUACGUUUUUCGGAUUAGAAGAACGCUGCCGGUGAGUGGAGCAGAGGGAAAAGAGAUCGUUGUCGAGGGGAAUGAAGGGCAGUAUAACGAAGGGCUUUAUAGCGAAGGGAUGCUUGGCAGCGGGGGAAGCAGUGGUGGUUUCUGUGCUGUGCUGUUUUGUAUCAACCCUCAGGACGUCCACGUCAGCAAGACCACUCUCAGGUAUUCUGCCAUGACGCGGCGAAUCCGCAUGGACUAUCGCCCUUCGAUACUGUCACUCUCCGCGCCCAAGCAUGCCCCUCCAGUCGUCCACAAGCCAGCCAAGCGCCGGCCAGCAAAGGCCUGCGCUUCCGAGGUACACCCGCACAGCCCCACACCGGCAAAAAGGGGGAAUGGGCAGAAGGGCGUGCGGACAGGUGUGAAACGGGUGAGUGGCGUGGAGGGGAAGAGAGUAAACGCAGAGGAGGGUGUGGGUGGGGAAGGGAAGAGAGGGGGGACGGAGGAGGGAAAGGAGGAGCAGGGGGAGAAGGUGGAAGAGGAGGAAUGUGGGUUGAAUGUCGGAGCUGCUGCGGUGGCAUGCGAGGGAGAGGCGGCAGGGGAAGCAGUGCUCGAGUGGUACAAUGGCUACGGUGACUAUAGCGAUAAGGAGAAUGCUAAUAGCGACUAUGCUGUGACAACACAGGCACAUGUGGAGCAGAUGGGGCUGGGAGUCUGUGCUGCUGCCACUGGAGCUGCUGCUGCCGCUGCUGCUUUUGACCCAUCUUACUUUGGUGCCUCCAGCAGCAGUGGCAGCAAGAGUAUCUUGGGAAGCGGUUAUGGAUAUGGGAGCAUUGAUGACUGCAGUAUCAGUUCUCCUGAAAGCAACGAUCUUUCUCCUGACAGUGGCAGUGGCAAUGUGUCUCCCAAUCCCUCCUCACCCAACGCUACCUCGCCCAAAUGCUGCUCACCAAACAGCUGCUCGCCCAAUAGCUCGUGCUCCGAACCUCUCACACCCACUGCCCCCGUGGUCACACCCACACACACGUCCACCACCACCUCUACCUUCUCAUUCUUAUCUGCAUCGUCCACCUCUUCCUGUGCAGCGUCAACACCGCUAUCAACGUCGACAGCACGAUCCACAAUUUCGAUCCCAAUUUCUCCGCUUGGACACCAAUCGCCAGCAGCGUUUCAUCAAACGCUGCACGCAUGCACACCCCCAACCAUCCUCCCCCGCUUGCUAUCCCCGAAUCUUCCAUGCAUGUUUUUAAAACGACGAGCUCCUUCCACUGCUGCUGUCGACACCCCCAACGCUUGUGCUGCUACUGCUGCUCUUGCUGAGAGCAGCGGUGCUGCUGCAGAGCUUGGGUGUGACUCGAGCCAUCCCUUGUCCCACCAGGCGAAUCCAUGGAGGUGUGCAGCUCUGGUGUGCACAGCCAUGCAGUGCAUUGCACUGGACGUGCAGAGCAGAGGGGAUGGGGAGGAGGAGGGAGAUGCGGAUGAAGGCGAAGGGGUGUUUGGUGAAGCAGGAAUCUGCCUGAAGCAAGUGGAGAAAGGGGAGGGGUGGAGGAAAAUGGACCCAAAAGGACAUCGAGUUAUUGCAGGAGAGGAUGGUGCGGCGGAGAAUGCGAAAGGGAACUUGGGAAACAGGAAGAAAUUGAAGGAGAGGGCUGUGGUGCUGCAGCGCUGGUUGGCAAUGGCAUAUGUGUGCUUUAGCAGCCAGGAUGGUGUUGGUGCAGUGCUGUAG